AUGGAUGAAGCUCUUGAUAUAUCAUACUACAUUGGGCAGGAUGGAGUGGAGGCACUUAAAAACGUCGAUGUUCCCGUUGAAGGAGGUGAUGUUGUCUCAUUGGAUCUUACGAAUGCCGAAGAACUUCCCCAAGACCCUCAAGAGUUGGUCCUGUUUUUUACCGAUAACAAGCUGGGGAAGCAGUUCUGGAUAAUUGUUGCUUGUGCGUAUGCACAACUAGGUAAACUAGCAGAGGCAGUACAACUCAUCAAGCUGGCUCUAGAAACUAGCUAUUUCACUGAAGAAGACAAAAAGACGUUUGAAAGUGUACUUAUCUGGCUAUACUUUAGGUAUGCAUCCGUUGAUGCACAGAACGGUGACCGUCUGGAGAACUUGGUUCUUGCGAGCUCUGCGAUCUCGAGCUUGAAAACAAAGAUAUAUAAUGACUCACAGACCUCAGUUACCAACAGUGUGUCUAAUUUACUUGCUGAGGCAGUUUUGGCCAUUUAUCAAAACCACGAUGACGAGGCAAUGGAGAUUUUCGAUAGAGUCCUCAAGUUAGACCACAGUAAUUGUUUUGCGCUAUUGGGGAAGGCGCAUGUGACGUUGUCAAAACUGAACAACUAUACAUUGGCGUUAAAACUAUACCAACAGGUUUUACUUUUAAACCCUGUAAUGAAACCAGAUCCUAGACUAGGAAUCGGUUUGUGUUUUUGGUUUUUGAAAGACGAGAAAAUGGCUAAGCAGAGCUGGGAAAGAGCUUUGGAAAUAGAUCCAAAGAAUAUUAAGGCUAAAAUUUUCUUGAGUUUGACGAAAAUAUAUGCCACAUUGAACAAUUCUCUCAGUGAUGAACAAUUUUUGAAGGACUACAAAGAGUGUUUGCAAGAGGUAUCACAGCUCCAUAAAGGUAAUGUGACUGACUCUACGAUAUUGCUUGUUCUUGUGUCGUACUAUUUUGCCAAGCAAGAAUAUGACACCGUGGAACGAGUAGUGAAACAUAUUUCUCAGCAUAUUAUUGGUGAUAGCAGUGUAUCCAAAUCUGCUACACUCAUUACUAAGCUUUCUAAGCAUCAGCAAAUAGUUUUAUCAGAGUGUAGCACCUGGCUCGCUAGAGUGCAGUUUGCCCGUGAGGACUUUACGCAAGCAUCAAAGCUUUUCCAAGAAGCUAUAAAAUUCAACGAUCAAAAUUUGGUUGCCAAGUUGGGGCUUGGUCAAUCGCAAUUCAAUCGUGGCUCCAUUGAAGAAGCGAGCUUGACAUAUGAGUCGAUCUUGAGAACCAACGUCGAUUGCCUUGAAGCCAAUUACUCACUUGGUAUUUUAUAUGCAAAACAACAACUGGAUUCGAGAAGGAAAAAGGAGUUGGCUAUCCAGGUACUUGAACGAUAUAUCAGACUCUCCAAUAACAGAGGGUUAUCAUCAGCAUCCAAGAAUGAUGCGCAUAUGCUCCUCAACAAGGAACCAAUUACAUUAAAUGCGUAUUUGACAUUGAGUAAAUUGUACGAGGACACCGACUUGAACCAAUCGUUGACUUAUUUGACCAGAGCUGCUGAUGCUAGGAAGAAGUUGGGCAAGAAGAUUCCAUUGGAGAUUUAUAACAACUUGGGUGUGUUUAAGUUCACCAAGCAAAAUUUCGCAGGUGCGGCGGAAAGUUUCCAACUGGCACUUGAUGAGCUUAAUGCGGCAACAGAAUUCAAAUCAGCUGAUGGAGAAGAUGUAUUGAUUGAUUUGCCUCAGGAUCUCAAGAUCUCACUUUCAUUUAAUUUGGCAAGAUCAAAGGAAGUGUCAAACGAGAAUGAAGCGUACCAGACAUACGAAUCACUCAUUCAGGAAUGUCCCAACUAUUUCUCUGCAAAGCUUCGUAUUUUAUUCCUUUCGUGCAUCUCCGAAUCUCGUUUAUCUACAGAUGAAAUCAAAACCGAAAUUGAUGAGCUUUUGGACUUGAAUGUGCUGGACCUUGAAGUCCGAUCGUUUUAUGGUUGGUUUGUUAAAAACUUUGGUAAAAAGUUGGGGAUGAAGCCGGAUUCGGAUGUUGAGUUUCAAAAAGAUACUCUUGUUGAGUUUGAUAAACACGAUUGUUAUGCCUUGCUCUCGUUGGCAAACAUUUAUUGUGUCAUGGCUCGUGAUUUAAAAAAUUCAUCAAGCACUGAGCUGAAGAAGAAAAAUUAUUACAUUAGAGCCAUUGAAUUGUAUACCAAGGUGUUAACAGUGGAUCCGAAGAACGUUUAUGCAGCACAAGGCUUGGCAAUUGCCUAUAUCGAAAACAAGGAAUCGUUUAAAGGUUUGGAUAUUUUAAGAAAAAUUAGAGACUCGCUUAAUGACAUUUCAGUCUAUCUCAAUCUUGGUCACGUGCUAUGCGAAGUGAAACAGUUUGGAAAAGCAAUUGAGAGUUACGAACUAGCAUUGGCCAGGUACACUGAUGGUAAGGAUGUCAAGAUCCUUACCUUCCUUGGCAGAGCAUGGUACUUACGUGCGUCCAACGAGCAGAACUUGCAAUUUUUUAAACGAGGACUUGAAUACUCAAGACAGGCAUUGGAACAUACUCGAGGUUCUAAAUCGGCGUUGUUAUUCAAUAUUGCUUACGUGCAGUUUCAAAUAGCGGAUUUUGUCAGCAAGCAACCAGUGCACCACCGUCAACCGCAAGAUAUAAGUGACGCGAUUGAUGGAUUACAAGAUGCUAUUCAGACUUUGCUCCAGCUUGCAUCAGAAGAUGAGAAACAUCCACCUUACCCCAAAGAUGAGUUGCGCGGUAGAGCAAAUCUUGGAUCAAGCACAUUACUCAAUAGACUCACUAGUGCACUUGAUGAGACUAAGGAGAAUAUAGCCUCAGUGGAACAGAAACUCCAAACAGCAAAACAUAUUCGUGAGCAAGAGAAAGAGGCAAAAAUCAAGGAGGAGCAAGCCAGACUCGAGAUGUUGAAAGAGAAAGAGGCGCAGUUGGCAAAGGAAAGAGCAGCGUUACAAGAACAGGCUCAGCAGUGGGCUGAAGAGGCAAGACUGAAUAUUGCAGUUCAAGCGGAAGAUGACAAAAGUGAUGGUGACAAUGAUGAUGAUGAUGAUGAUGAAGAAGGUGAUGAUGGUGGUUUGUUUAACGAGGAAAAGGGUAGAGGUAAACGAGUUAAGAACAGUAGUGGCAGAAAAGGCAAACCCAAGAAAAGCAGAAAGAAGAAAGUUCUUGAGGAUAGUGAAAGUGAACCGGAGGCUGAUUUUUCUGGCGAUGAGGAUAAUAAUUAUAGUAAUGACGGUAAUGAUGGUCACGACGAUGGCGUGAAUGAUAGAAACGAGACCAGGGUUGUGAAGAAAGAUCUCGAGGUCAAACCUAAAAAGAAAGCAAACAGAAAGAGAAAACUUAGAGUUAGCGAUGAUGAAGAAGAAAAUGAUGAGAAUGAAGAUGGUGGAAAUGAAAAGGGGGCAGUGACAGGCAGAGUUAAUGGAUCUAAAAGAGGCAAGAAGAAACAACACUUGUCGAAUGAAUUUAUUGAGGAUAGUGAUGAGGAAUUAGAAAAUGAUGAUUUAUUUGGUGAUGAAGGAGUCGAAAAGGAGGACAAUGAUAAGGACGGGGAAAAUGACAGAGACAAAGAAAAAGAAGCUAGAGGACAAGAGAGUGAAUAA